AAAAGCCACUCGCCUCUCCCGUUCCUAUCGCGUCCUCAUAUUAUAAACCAAGUGGAAGUUGGAUAGGAACAGUGUAGGGAUGCAGAUGGAGGUAGAGCCGCAGGUAGUGUUAAAUUCGGGGCGGAGGAUGCCGGUGCUCGGCAUGGGGACGGCCACCUACCCGGUGCCGCCCGACGAAACCACAACGACGGCGGUGAUCGACGCCAUCGGGCUCGGGUACCGCCACUUGGACACGGCCAGCGUCUACUGCUCGGAGCGGGCCGUCGGCCGGGCCAUAGCGACCGCUCUGGAGAGAGGGCUAAUCGGCAGCCGCGACGAGCUCUUCGUCACCACCAAGCUGUGGUGCACCGACAUGCACGCCGACCGCGUCGUCCCUGCACUGCAAGAGUCUCUCAGGACUUUGGGAUUGGAGUACAUCGAUCUGUAUCUUAUCCACUACCCUGUUAGACUAAAAGGUGAGAAACGAAUGGUUUUCACCGGCGAGGACAUGAUUCCCUUGGACAUGCCAACCGUGUGGGAAGCAAUGGAGAAAUGUCAGAGUCUAGGUUUAGCUAAAUCUAUCGGGGUGAGCAACUUCACAUGCAAGAAGCUAGCUGACCUACUCAACCAUGCAAGAAUUCCACCUGCCGUGAACCAGGUGGAGGUGAAUCCUAUUUGGCAGCAAAGAAAACUACGAGACUUCUGCUCGGAGAAGGGAAUUCAUGUGAGUGCAUACUCUCCGCUUGGCGCAGUUGGAGUCUUAUGGGGACUAUCGCCCCCGGGGCUUGCCCUGGGGCCCUCGGCCGUGAUGCUCGAGGCGUUCCUCAGCCUAACCAAACAAGUGCAGACUAUGGCGAGCAUGAUACACACGCUCGCCCCGAUCGUUCCCCAAAUCGUGCAACUGGUGAUGCCCCCGACCAAUCUGGCCCGGCAACCCCCGAACAGGGAACAGCUUGGGAUCAAGGAGGCCUCUAGGCGAGCGAUAGACCCGAGGGGUCCUCCCAAGCAGAUCACACGUGCACCUUACCGAGCCACGCUACCUCAUUUGGAGCCUGACACCAUAUCGUCCGACUCGACGGUUGACUCGUUUAAAGUCCAGUUGUCCCGGACAUAUGAUAGAGGCUCUGAUCCCAUGGAGCAUAUCUCAGUAUUCCGGGCCCAAAUGACCCUCUAUGGUGCCUCCGAUGCGUUGAUGUGUCGAGCGUUUCCAACCACUCUGAGAGGGCCGGUGCGGAUGUGGUUCAAUCGGCUAUGCCAAGCUUCAGUCUUGUCCUUCGACCAGCUGGCCGAGGAAUUUGAGCAAAACUUCCUCGCCAGCGCGCUGUAA